UGCGCCAUGCAAACAAAAGUGUGGGCGCUGGUGCUGGGCCUCGCCGGCGUCGCCAACGCCGCGUGCCCGUACGCGGCCGUGCUCGCCAAGGAAGUGAUCGUCGCCGACAGCAACUGCGGCAGCCAGCAGUGGUGCAUCGUGCGCUCGUCCGACUGCGCGCUGCUCAAUUUCACGUACAAGGCGUCGUACGACUUGUUCACCAACUUUCAAGCGCUUGGCAACUUGGCCAACUACCCCAACCCGGACCUGACGAUUCAAAACACAUCGACGAUCGACCUCUCGCAAAUGGUGCUGCCCAAGACGCUCGAAAACAUGUACUUUCAAAACAUCAAGUCGAUUUCACUGAGCCAAAUCACGCCGCCGUGGCCAGCGCUCACCACCUUGGACUUUAUCAACUGCUCGCUCUACAGCGUUCCGAGCACGUUUACGUUUCCGUCGGGCGUCAAAACACUGAACUGGAACUGGAAUUAUCUGACGCGGCUGCCGUCCGGCAUACCCUCGAGCGUCCGUGUGCUCGCGUUUGGGGCCAACUCGCUCAAGACGCUGGCGGGCAUUCCGCCGACGCCGACCUUGCUGAACUUCUACAACAAUGAGCUGACCGAAGUGAGCAACAUGGACUGGUCAGCUGUCACGUUCGUGCGUCUUGGCUUCAACCCGCUCGUGACCUUUGCCUUUGUCGAGCUCUCGACGCAGCUCGCGUUCUUCGAGAUCAAGGACUGCCCCAUCUCCAACUUUACCGUGACGCCGCAGACGUACGCUGCACUCAACGCCCUCAAGAAAUGGGACGGCGAUACCGACAAUUACGUCGGCUUUGUCGUCUCGCGGAGCAUCUUGACGAGCUCGUCUGCGUGCUCGGCGAUCAACGGACAGAUUCGGUCGCUCUGGGCAACGUCCGCGUCCUACACGAUCAACGUCUGCGUCGCGACUCCUGGAGCGUCCCGCGUCACGACGACGAGUGCACCCAGUACGAAAUCACCGACUCCGUCCGGCGGGUCGCAAAAGUCUGGCGAUGACAAUAACUCGUCGUCUGGCGCCAGCACGGGCCUCAUCAUUGGACUCAUCGUUGGCGGUCUCGUCAUUGUCGUGCUUGUCGUCCUGCUCAUCCGACGCCGCCAAGCGGACAAGCCGCCGCCGGUGACCGCCGAGUACCAGUAUGCGCCGCCGACGACGCAGGCGUACGUCUACCAGCCGAUGGAGCCCGAGCCGUACCAGUACCAGUCGCCCGAGCCGCCGUUGUACGUACCGCCCAAGCAACCCGCUCCGGCUCCGCCGAGCCAUUAUGCGCCAACGUAUGUUGCGAGCAGUCGCGGCUCCGACUACUCGGCUCCGACCGGCGGGUCGGUUCCAUUUGUGCCGCCACGCACGUCGACUGGUGGCUCGGGCGGCCACGCUCCAUCGAGCGGCGGUCUCCCGACAGCAACCUCGAUCAUGUCCGAAGGCGACAUCUUCCUCGACGUCGCGCCGCUUCGGCCCCACAAGCUCGAGCUCUCGGAUCUGACAGUCAUUUCGGAGCGUCCAAUCUCGUCCGGCGCGUACGGCGAGGUGUGGCUCGGGCAGCACGGCAACGAGAAAGUCGCGAUCAAGAAGCUCAAGGACCAGUCGCCCGCCAGCGUCUUUCAGUUUAUCGAAGAGAUCAAGCUCGUGGCGCGCAUGAACAGCGACUUUAUCGUCAAGUUUGUCGGCGCGAGCUGGCGCCGUCCGAUCGAAAUGGAGUGCGUCGUCGAGUACAUGGACCUCGGCGACCUCCGCAACUACCUCGCGACCAACUCGCCGGCGUCGUUUAGCUGGGACCAAAAGCUCAAGUC